AUGCACGACCUCCGGACUUUUGCGGCCGCAGCCCUGGUCCUCGCGGCGGGGCCGCUGGUCCACGGCUUCCCCCGUGGCAUCGAGAGAUCGCACCUCAUCCAUCGCGUCAGAGAUGUGGAGCCAUCGUAUGACUACGUCAUCGUCGGCGGUGGCACUGCCGGCUUGACCGUCGCGGACCGCCUGACCGAGGAUGGGGAGACGACCGUGCUGGUCAUCGAGCACGGAGAGCUGGUCGAUUCGCCCCUAAUCAGCACCGUGCAGGGGGGCUUCUCGGGCAUGUCCCAGCAGUUCAUGUACAAGAUAAACUCGGUGCCGCAGGUGAACCUGCGCAACCACACGAUAGGGGUGCUGGCCGGGAAGGUAGUCGGCGGUAGCUCCGCCGUCAACGCCUUGAUGACGGUGCGCGGCACGGUGGAGGACUACGACAGGUGGGGCAACUUCUUCUCCAACUCGUCCGACUGGAGCUGGGAUGGCAUGCUGCCGUAUUUCAAGAAGGCCCUCAACUUUGUGCCCCCGUUGGAAGAGGUCGCCGAGUCGUCCAACAUCACGUACGACACGAGCUACUGGGGCAAUACGUCUGGCGUCUACGCCGCAUGGCCGUCCUACCAGUACCCGGGGACGAAGGUGCAGCUCGAUGCCUUCAGGGAGAUUGAAGGCGCCGAGUUCACGCCUGACAGCGGGUCGGGCCGCCCGGGGGUGUACUGGUUCCCCCAGUUCAUGGACCCCAAGACUGUCACGCGGUCGUUCGCCAAGACGGGCCACUACGAGAACAUCAAGCGAAAUAACUACCAGCUCAUUACCGGGAGCAAAGUGUUGAAGAUCGAGCUGAACGGGACGACGGCCACGGGGGUGACGUUCGUGUCGGCCAAUGAUGCCACCGUCACCACCACGGUCCGAGCCAGCAAGGAGGUGAUACUUUGCGCGGGAGGUAUCCACAGCCCGCAGGUCCUCCAGCGCAGCGGUAUCGGCCCGCAGAAGAUCCUGACUGCGGCCAACAUAAGCACCGUGGUCGACCUCCCCGGCGUUGGCCAGAACUUCCAGGAUCAUCCGAUGCUGCAGAUGAGAAUCACCCUCAACAAGCUCAACAUCACCCCCUCGGCGCAGGACCUCUUUGGCAACACCUCCUUCCACCGCUGGGCCGACGACGAAUGGGCCACCAACAAGUCAGGGCCCUACUCGAUCGCGACAGGCAACGCCGCAGCCUGGCUCUCCUUCCCCGUCAUCUCGCCACGGUGGUCCGAGCUAGCCGACCAGCUGCAGGCCCAGGACCCAGCCGCCUCCCUGCCGCCGGACACGGACCCGACCGUAGUAGCCGGCUACGCGGCGCAGAUGCGCUCGUACGCGCAGGCGCUGCGCGGCAACGGCACGGCCUUCUACAACCUGUGCCUGACGGGCUCGGCCGGCAACGGCGCCCUCGUGGACCUGCACCCCCUUAGCCGCGGCACCGUCAACGUCGACCCGCGCGACCCGUUCGGGCUCGAGCCCGUCGUCGACUACCGCGCCCUCGCCAACCCGCUCGAUACCGCCCUCAUGGCCGAGAUGCUGCGCUUCACCCGCCGCUUCUACUUCAACACCACGGCCAACGCCCAGUACGACCCCCGCGAGCUGAGCCCCGGCCCGAAGGUCCAGACCGAUGAGGAGCUCGCCGAUUACCUGGCGACUUCCCUGUCGCCUACCGAGUACCACCCGGCUGGCACGUGCGCUAUGAUGCCCCUCGACCUGGGGGGUGUCGUUGACGAGGCCCUGCGCGUGUAUGGCGUCCAGAAUUUGCGUGUCGUUGACGCUAGUAUCAUGCCGACGCUGCCUGGCGGGAAUACCUGCCAGACCGUAUAUGCCAUUGCUGAAAAGGCUGCGGAUAUCAUCAAGUCGGGCUACAAGACCCCCGCCAGAAGGAUGAGAGCAGCUUAACGAGCUAGUGGCGGACUGUGUACGGUGCCGACGGACUUGAAGACAAGAUCUGUGCUGCCAGGGUGAGUGACGGCUGAUGUGGAAGGAAAUGCAGAGUGACCUUGGGGUGACUUGCCGUAAUCCAUAUUAUUGCGACCGUCUAUCGAGAAGUGAACUGCA